AUGCCGGGCGGGGCCGAGGCUGGGGAGGCCGAGGAGGAGGCUGGGGCCGGCUCCGGGUCCGAGGCGGAGGAGGACGCUCUGUGGGAGCGGAUCGAGGGCGUCCGGCACCGGCUGACUCGCGCCCUCAACCCGGCCAAGCUGACGCCCUAUCUGCGCCAGUGCCGGGUCAUCGACGAGCAGGACGAGGAGGAGGUGCUGAGCACCUACCGCUUCCCGUGCCGUGUCAACCGCACCGGGCGCCUGAUGGACAUCUUGCGCUGCCGUGGCAAGAGGGGUUAUGAGGCCUUCCUGGAAUCGCUGGAGUUCUACUACCCCGAACACUACACGCUGCUCACGGGCCAGGAGCCCGCCCAGCGCUGCUCCAUGAUCCUCG